AUGACCCAUGGGCGCAGCUUCUUUCACAUUGUAGCAAGUCUAAUCAUCCUACAUUUGUCUGGGGCAACCAAAAAAGGAACAGAAAAGCAAACUACAUCCGAAGGACAGAAACCAGUGCAGUGUGGAACUUGGACAAAAUAUGCAGAAGGAGGCAUCUUCACUUCUCCCAAUUACCCCAACAAGUAUCCUCCUGACAGAGAGUGCGUCUACAUCAUAGAAGCUGCCCCUAGACAAUGCAUUGAACUACACUUUGAUGAAAAAUAUUCCAUAGAGCCUUCUUGGGAGUGUAAAUUUGACCAUAUUGAAGUACGAGAUGGACCUUUUGGCUUUUCCCCAAUCAUUGGACGUUUCUGUGGACAGCAAAAUCCACCUAUGAUAAAAUCCAGUGGCAGAUUCCUAUGGAUUAAAUUUUUUGCUGAUGGUGAGCUGGAAUCUAUCGGGUUUUCUGCUCGGUAUAAUUUUACACCUGAUCCAGAUUUUAAGGACCUUGGCGUUUUGAAACCAUUGCCAGUUUGUGAGUUUGAGAUGGGAGGACCUGAAGGAAUUGUGGAAUCUGUACAAAUCGUCAAAGAAGGAAAAGCUUCUGAAACUGAAGCAGUAGACUGUAAAUGGUACAUCCGAGCACCACCCCGAUCCAAGAUCUAUUUGCGAUUCUUGGACUACGAGAUGCAGAAUUCUAAUGAAUGCAAAAGGAAUUUUGUAGCUGUCUAUGAUGGAAGCAGCUCCGUGGAGGAUUUGAAAGCAAAGUUUUGCAGCACUGUUGCUAAUGAUGUAAUGCUGCGGACGGGUCUUGGUGUAAUCCGCAUGUGGGCAGAUGAAGGCAGUCGAAGCAGCCGAUUCCAGAUGCUCUUCACAUCUUUCCAAGAACCCCCUUGUGAAGCCAACACAUUCUUUUGCCACAGUAAUAUGUGUAUUAAUAAUACAUUGGUCUGCAAUGGACUCCAGAAUUGUGUAUAUCCUUGGGAUGAAAACCACUGCAAAGAAAAAAGAAAAGCUAACCUAUUGGACCAACUUACCAAUACCAGUGGGACUAUAAUUGGGGUGACUUCUUGCAUUGUGAUCAUCCUCAUUGUUAUCUCUGUUAUAGUACAGAUCAAGCAGCCUCGUAAAAAAUUUGUCCAAAGGAAAACAGACUUUGAUCAAACAGUGUUCCAGGAGGUGUUUGAGCCUCCUCAUUAUGAGUUAUGCACCCUCAGAGGGACAGGGACUACAGCUGACCUUGCUGAUGUUGCAGAUGACUUCGAAAAUUAUCAUAAACUCCGGAGAUCAUCUUCAAAAUGCAUUCAUGACCAUCACUGUGGAUCACAAGUGUCUAGCAUUAAAGGCAGCCGUAGUAACCUCAGCACAAGAGAUGCUUCUGUCUUGACAGAAAUACAACCCCAGCCUGUAAAAGCACUCAUUCAGCCCAUGAACAGGAGAAAUAUCCUUGUCAUGAAGCAUAGCUACUCACAAGAUGCUGCAGAUGCGUGUGAGAUAGAUGAAAUUGAAGAGGUACCAACCACAAGUCACAGGCUGUCCAGACAUGAUAAAGCUGUUCAGCGGUUCUGCCUCAUUGGGUCUCUAAGCAAACAUGAGUCUGAGUACAACACAACUAGGGUCUAA